AUGGCGACAGUUUGUUGGGAAAACAAAGUAUUGUUGCUAGGAGGUAUGGAUGAGAAAGAGUUAGAUGACGUCAUUUCGUACGACACCGAGUCAGGAGAGACGACGCGAUUGCCACACAUGACGCAGAAGCGAGGUGGUUGCUGCGCGGUCAACACUCCCACUGUUGACACGAGCAGUGAUUGCUCGUCUGACACGAGCACCGAUACUCUGGUCGCGUUAGCAAGUUUACGAAGCCUCAACACAGUUGAAAGACACGAUAUCCACAGCCACGCGUGGCAAGAUAUGCCUCCCACGAGAGAAGCCCGAGAAUUCUGCACAGCGGUCGUUUCUCCAGUAAAUUUCGAGUUAGAACAAUGAAAAUAAUUAUUCCUAAGAACAAUGAGAUGAGAUGAAAGAUAGCAUUCGUUCUUCUCAAAAUCACGAACAAAAAUUACACAGGAUCUGCUCAACACAGACCGUGAUACGUUUGUAAUAUUACACAGGGAUAUAGAAUUUUUACAAAAUUAAAUGUUAAGAACUUUUAACUUUCAGAACUUUUAACACUAAAA